AUGAUGUACGAAUCGGAGACUUGGGCAACACCAUCUACGGUGAUGGAGAAGAUUGAUCGCACGAAAAGGAAGCUGCUUAGAAGGUUGCUUGGCUACUUUUGGCCUAGGGUAUGCCACAGUGAAGAUCUUUGCACGGAAAUUGAUGUAGUUUACCGGCGGAUGACACGUGGAAGAUAUCAACAUCUUGCACCGCCUUCGAAAGCGGCUAAAGUAAAUCGUCUUCGCUUCUUUGGUCAUAUGUUAAGGAGACCGGCAGAUCGCCUCGUCCAACGAGUUCUGAAGAGUUCGUCGGGUUCGAGCUGGAAGAAGCCACCUGGCCGAAAACGGAAGUUCUGGACUGAGGUGGUAAAAGAGGACCUGAGGACACUUGGCGUGGAUAGGCAGUUCAGGCGAGACAAGAUCGAGAAGGUUGGGCAGAGCUGUGUUCAAGGACGGCGCACCUCGGCGAAGAUGCGGGUAAUCGCAUCAGGCGAUGACAUCAGCCCUCCGAUUAAGUCAAAAGCUAGGGCGUACCCCAGAAGCGACGCGCAUUAUCCUCGCCCGGGCAAUGUGGCAAAUAUGCGAGAGCUAUCGGCUAGAGGACGGAGCCGGCCAAAGAAGUUAGUCCGCCAUCGCCAGCAACAUCCAGUGCGCUUGGCAACACUUAACGUUGCGACGCUUACUGCAAAGAGUCGUGAACUGGCAGACAGUCUCAGAAAACGCUGUGUUGACAUAUGUUGUGUACAGGAGACUCGCUUUAAAGGCUCCAAGUCAAGGGAAUUAGGCGAUGGCUACAAGCUCAUCUACCACGGCACAUCAAAUUGCAGUGGUGUUGGUAUCAUACUGAACGAGUCGUUUAGAAAUAGCGUCACAGCAGUGGAUCGACUAUCGGUUCGCUUGAUGGCUGUAAAAGUAGAUACAGGAGAAGUGGAAUUGCGAGUCGCAUCUGCUUAUGCGCCACAGAUGGGCUGUAGUGAAGAAGAGGAAGCGUGCUUUUGGGAAGAUCUGGAGCAGUACGUCCAAUCCCUGGAAGGCGAAGACGUACUUCCAAUUGGAGGAGACUUCAACGGACAUGUCGGUUCUCGGAAAGACGGGUUCGAGAGUUGUCAUGGUGGAUACGGUUUUGGAGCUCGCAACGACGACGGGUUGCGAAUCCUGGAGUAUGCUGCUGCAAGUGACUUGAUCAUUGCUAACACGCAGUAUCGGAAAAGAAAAUGGCAUUUGAUCACGUACACCAGCGGCGGUCGUGAAACACAAAUAGAUUUCUGGAUGUUACGCCGACGAGAUCGCCGACUUCUGCAGGAUUCAAAAGUCAUCCCUACAGACCAUGUCGCUGCCCAACACCAUCUGCUCGUUAUGGACUUGAAAAUCUCCCGUCCAAGGAAGAGACAUCCAAGGACUGAAACACAGCGCAUCAAAUGGUGGAAUCUGAAGGAUCGAAAGGAGGCGGCAAUUCGUGAGAAGAAGUCCAAGUAUAAGCUCAGGUGGAGGACACGUCAGCCUGAUGAUCGGGAUACUUACCUAGCGGCGAGGAGGGAGACUAAUAAGGCAGUCUCCAAGGCGGACCGCUACAAGGCUGUGUACGACAUGUUUGAUACCAGAGAAGGCGAGCGGGCAGUGUAUCGUUUAGUCAGAGCGCGACAUCGCUCAACGUUGGAUAUGGAACACACCAAGAUCGUCAAGGGAGCUGAUGGAGUCGUUCUGCGCCGCUCUGGUCAGAUCCUGGAGAGGUGGCGAGACUACUACAAUCACUUGUGUAACGAAGAGUUCUGUCAUCCUCCCAUCGCAACUGUUCCCAGCGUCGAGGGUCCUGUUCUACCAAUUACUGCCGUCGAAGACUGCAGCACUAUAGAUGCUAUCCAUGCUGUCCGAAUCCUCCUGGAGAAACAUCGAGAAAAGAACCGCAGUGUGCAUCUUGCUUUUCUCCAUCUCGAGAAAGCUUUCGACCGUGUCGCACAUGAGCUGUUAUGGAUAUCUAUGAGGUCGCAUAGAGUACCAGAAGAAUAUGUGUGGUGGAGAAAGCUGUUUUAUGCGAAGCCUACCAGCAUUGUCCGAUGUGCUGCUGGAACAAGCAGGUCAUUCCCUGUACAAGUUGGGGUUCAUCAGGGUUCAUCCCUUUCACCCCUGCUGUUCAUACUGUGCAUGGACACGAUGACGAAGGAAAUCCAGAAGCAGCAUCCGUGGACUCUACUCUUUGCCGACGAUGUCAUGCUCGCGUCGGAGUCUCGAGAUGAUCUUCAGAAACAAGUGCAGUCUUGGAUGGAUCAGCUGCAGCAAUAUGGAUUGCGCCUCAACACAUCAAAAACUGAGUACAUGGAGUGCGGACCAAGGAUAGAGGAUGGUUCAAUUCGUGUCGAUGGCACCGAAUUAAACAAGGUGAACUGUUUCAAGCACCUUGGAUCCAAAGUGACUUCCACAGGCGACAUUGAUCAAGAAGGUCGAGCACGUGUUAAUGCGGCAUGGAUGAAAUGGAAAAUGGCAACAGGCGUACUGUGCGACAGGAAAGUCCCUGUUCGACUGAAGUCGAAGAUCUACAGGACGGUUGUGCGUCCUGUCGCCCUUUACGGAUGCGAGUGCUGGCCGACGAGGAAAGCCUUGGGAAGAGUGUUUCACGCUAUGGAGAUGCCGAUGUUAAGGUGGACGAUAGGUGUAACGCUAAAAGAGAAAGUAUCCAACGACACUGUGCGCUCCAUCUUCGGCGUCGUCCCGACAACUGAGAAGAUGGAGGCCCGACUGAGAUGGUUCGGUCACGUCUUGCGGCGAGAGGAAAAUUCUGUUGCCAAAACCGCACUGAAGCUCGACGUUUCAGGAGGAUCAAUCUCGAAGGAAACUGCAAUAGCUACUCAUGCUGCACUAUCUGAUCUUUCACCCGAAAAAGAAAAGAGACUCAGGGAACUGUAUGAACGUUUGGACAUAAACAGUGAUGGAACAGUUGAUAUUAGGGAUUUAACAGCUGCUUUGAAACAUGAAAUGCCUCAUAUCCCUACUCGAUUGGCUCCGAAACUUAUGGCACGUAUCAAUUCCGGAGGCGAUGACAGCAUCAAUUUUGGAGAUUUUGUAAGAUAUGUGGUCGAGCACGAAAAAAGGUUGGAAAACAUAUUCCAGGAUCUCGAUAAGAACAAUGACGGGUUAAUUGAUGUUCGAGAAAUAAAAUUAUUCUGCAAUGAACUGGGGAUACAUCUUGAUGACAGGAAGGCUCGAGACAUAUUGCAUCGGAUGGAUCGGUCGGGCUCCUCAUCAGUAGAUCUAUCUGAUUUUCAACAGUUUAUGCUUCUCUAUCCAAGCUCCGAUGUUAAGGAUAUGGUCGACUUUUGGCGUCAUAACCUUGUAAUAGAUAUAGGGGAGGAUAGUCAAGUGCCAGAAGAUUUCACUAACCAAGAGAUGAUAUCUGGUGUCUGGUGGCGGCAUUUGGUUGCUGGAGCUGUUGCGGGCUGCAUGUCUAGAACAUGCACUGCUCCUCUUGACAGGCUUAAGUUGUUUAUGCAGGUCCACUCCACGCGAAGAAACCGUGUUGGUGUAAUAUCAUCGUUGCGGUUGCUCUAUGCGGAAGGAGGGACUAAGUCUUUUUGGAGAGGAAACGGCAUUAACGUGGUAAAAAUCGCUCCCGAAUCCGCUAUUAAAUUCAUGGCAUACGACCAGUGUAAAAGGCUUAUACAAAAAUACAAAAACAGCGACGAUUUGACGGUCUUUGAGAGGCUUCUGGCUGGUUCUGCUGCUGGAGCUGUGUCACAAACCGUAAUAUAUCCGAUGGAAGUUUUGAAAACAAGGCUUGCAUUGAGAAAAACCGGUCAACUGGAUAACGGUUUUUUUCAUUUUGCACGCAAAAUGUAUAAGAAAGAGGGGAUUGUUUGUUUCUACAAGGGAUACGUUCCCAAUUUGUUGGGUAUCAUACCAUAUGCGGGUAUCGAUUUGGCCGUAUAUGAAACACUUAAGAAGCUGUAUGUUCGACAUCACAACGGUGGAGCAGAGCCUGGAGUUGUUGCUUUACUGGCUUGUGGAACAUGCAGCUCAACUUGCGGUCAGCUUGCCAGCUACCCCUUGGCACUUGUGAGGACCCGACUACAGGCAAGAGCAAUUUCUGGUGAUACGAUGCAACCUGAUACUAUGAGUGGUCAAAUUCGUUACAUUCUAAACAAUGAAGGAUUUUUCGGUCUCUAUCGAGGAAUAGCUCCCAAUUUCAUGAAGGUAAUUCCUGCUGUCAGUAUCAGUUAUGUUGUAUAUGAGUACAUGCGGAAACAUCUUGGUGCCACUAUGUCGUGA